CCUAGCUAUAAGCUAUGGGAGUUGGAUAUUAGUAAUACAGUUUGCAGCGGCGAAGCUUCUCUUUCUCUCACAGAUUUCUAACUGUUUCUUUACUUACUGUCAGAUACCAAUAGCUUCAGCUUUUUCACAUAUAAACAAAAAACUGCUGUUGUUAUCUUUGAUUCAUUCAUUUUUAUUUACAAACUUUUUACUUUUACCCUUUCCUUAAAUAGCAUUUUUCAUUGCAUUUUCACUCCAAAAGUUUCCAAUUGUGGCCACCCCAACAAGCUACACCACCACUAAAACAUGGCCACCACCACUACCUCAAGCAGCUCGACCAUUGCCAGCACCACCACCCCAUGAUCACCAUCAAAACCCAACCAACAUGUUUGGCCUCCAUAACAUCUUCGUUAUAGCUCCACCACCAUCACAACAAAACCAGCAACAACCUGCCCCGCCGCCACCACCACAACAAGCCUUGAACCAAGACUACAACUUGGCUGACACAAAUCUUUGGACUUUAAAAAGGGGCUCCACCCAAGAAGCACCAAUUUGUCAAAAGAAAUAUGGAGUCUUGAAUAGUGUUGAAGAUGAUGAUGAUGGUUGUUUUAAGGUGUGUAGAGACUGUGGGAACAGAGCUAAGAAGGAGUGUGGAUAUAGUAGAUGCAGGACUUGCUGUAAGAGUAGAGGGUUUGAUUGUGCUACUCACGUGAAGAGCACGUGGGUGCCCGCUGCUAAGAGAAGGGACAGGAAGGUGGUGGUUAUUGGUGAUGAGGAAGGUGGUGUUGGGGGUGGUGAUGGUGGUGGAGGGUCUUCAGGCUCCUCCUCUUGUGGUGGUAAAAGGCCAAGGGUUUUGAAUUCUAUUUCAAAUGGUACUUCUAGUUCUAAUGCUGCUUCCAAGUCCUUGAAUUUUGAAGCUGGCACUAAUCACCAGGAUUCAAGAUUUAAAGAAUCAUUACCAGGUCAUGUUCGAGCCCCAGCAGUUUUCAGAUGCAUUCAAGUAACAACCAUUAGUGAUGGUGUAGCAGAGAUUGCUUAUCAGGCUACUGUGAAUAUCAGUGGCCAUGUAUUUAAGGGGUUUCUCUAUGAUCAAGGAGUUGAUGUGAAAAAUGCAUUUCCUUGCAUUUCAAAAAUGCUUUUCGAGAGCAGCAGCAGUGGAAGGGAUAGGGAUAGGGAUUCUUCUUCUCCAAUUGUUGAUCCACCAAACACCUUUGCUGCCUGUGGUGACUGACGGUCAGUUUUUAAGGUGAUGAACAGGAUUCAACC